AUUACCUGAUGCAGUUGUUCCACUGGAAAAUGUCUGGCUUCCUAUACAGAGCCUAUUGGUCUGCAUAAUCCAGGGCUGCUGACUUCAACUCGCCGAGCCUUUUCCACCCCUCUGCAGCUCCAGAGAAAACCUCCGAUCUGCAAAGAAUAGAUUCCAGGUUUAGCUCCCAGCCUCUCCAGGUCGGUUUCUAUUACCUGUCCUUAGAGGAGCGUAUUGGGCCACGGAAAUGGAAGAUGAGAUGGAGAAGAUCAACAUUGUGUCUGAAGGCCUCCAGAACAGUGAGACAGCAGAAGAAGGAACUCAGUCCCACACCUGGCCCCGGAAAUGUGCCUCCUAUGUCCUGGCUCUCCGGCCCUGGAGCUUCAGCGCCUCCCUCACGCCGGUGGCCCUGGGGAGUGCCCUUGCUUACCGCUCACAGGGCACCCUUGACCUGGGGCUUCUGGUUGGCAGCGCUGUCACCGUCCUGGCAGUCCACGGAGCCGGAAACCUCGUCAACACCUACUAUGACUUUUCCAAGGGCAUUGACCACAAGAAGAGUGACGAUCGGACCCUGGUGGACCAGAUCUUAGAGCCUCAGGAUGUGGUCAGGUUCGGGGUCUUCCUGUACACUCUGGGUUGCAUCUCUGCAGCGUGCCUCUAUUGCUUCUCCACCCUCAAGCUGGAACACCUGGCCCUGAUUUACUUCGGGGGACUCUCCAGCUCUUUCCUCUACACUGGAGGCAUCGGAUUUAAAUACGUUGCGCUGGGUGACGUGGUGAUCCUGAUCACCUUUGGGCCCCUGGCUGUGAUGUUCGCCUACGCCCUCCAGGUGGGCUACCUGUCCAUCUUGCCCUUGCUCUACGCCGUGCCCUUGGCCCUCAGCACGGAGGCCAUCCUGCACAGCAACAACACCCGGGACGUGGAGUCUGACCGGCAGGCGGGCAUCGUCACGCUGGCCAUCCUCCUCGGGCCCACGCUGUCCUACGUCCUCUACAACAGCUUGCUCUUCCUGCCGUAUCUCAUCUUCUGCGUCCUGGCCACUCGCUACACGGUCAGCAUGGCUUUACCCCUGCUGACCCUGCCCAUGGCCUUUUCCCUGGAACGGCAGUUCCGGAGCCAGAGUUUCCUCAGAAUCCCGCAAAGGACAGCCAAGCUUAACCUCCUCUUGGGACUUUUUUAUGUGUUUGGCAUCCUUCUGGCUCCCCCCGGUGCCCUCCCCAAACUCUAGGUGGAUGUGAGUGAAUGGAAGAUUCACUGGAGCCUUGGGUUGUGGUAAUAAUUCUUCCCAGAGAGCUUUCACAGAACGCACACACAGACACACAGACACAUGUAUAUACACACAUGUGCAUAUAUUUAUAUGUGUAUGCCUAUGGUAGCCUUCACCAAAGCUGCACAAGGGUUUUUUUGUUUGCGAACAUCAGAUUUCCUGAAAUGCUUCCUUUGUACAAGGAGAGAAAUCAUCUUUAUAAAGGAUAGUUCUCUUGACUUUGGUUUUUGCUUUUCUCUCUGGUUUCUUUCUUUACCUACAUUUCAUAAAUAAAAAUAGAAAGGUUAGCACUCCGGGGUAGAACUCCUUGUUCCUACAAGACCACCUAAUAGAAAUCCCUUUUAAAAAAGAAUUUGAAAAAACACACCAGCAAGAAGGAAAUCUAAGUGCUAAAGCAAGUUAAUCAUCUCAUCUAAGGCAUUUUCCCCCAGCUGCUACUUUUCUGUCUUAAAGCUGGGCUUUUUAAUGGAGGGAGUUCUAAAGAUUUCUUUUGGUAUCCUAGGAAAAAUUACUUCAGAUCGUAUCCCAGCUGUUCCAACCGUGGGACGCUGGAACCUGUACCAGGCCUCCUGUUUAAAGUUCAGGUGUUGACAUCCUCCAUCUUCUUUGAGCAAUUGGGGCCACACCUUACUAAUAAAACCCUCCACGGAAUGCUGUCUUUAAAUCAGGCAAUCAUUCACAUCUGUUGUGAAUGUCACCGUGCAUCAUCUCCUCCCAUUUGUUCCUCAAAAAAACCCCCAAAAUGUUGCUCAAACACUGAAGGAUAAGCAGGAUGAGUCCAAAUAACCAUUCGGUGAUAUUUUGGAGUAGAAAGAUGGGAAUAGCAUCCUUUCGGAGGGAGGCGUGCCCCAGAUUCUUUGCCUUUCUCUGUGUCUGUGACGAGGGCAAUGUGCCUCUCUGGAUUCAGCUUCGUAAUGCUUCUGCCUGGAGAUAAGAUGUAACACGAAGUCAGUUAUCACCGAAGUGAACCAACUUGCUGUCAAAUAUGACUCACGAGGCACGUUCCAAUUUGGGUCAUGCAGAUGUGUUUUGACGAGCAUUCAAGAUGCUGCUGCUGGCUUAUAGUGGCUUUGGAUGGCGCCUCUCCAAGGCAGUUUUGGCAGUACUGAGAGCAGCCUGUGGCUCACCUGCUCUGUGUUGGGGCAUCGUCCAACCACACGGAGGCUCAGCACCCUCUGGGAAUGCCCUUCUCGUGGGGGAGCUAGGCCGAAGCACACGGGCGCUUGGGGGGGGCUCCCAGAUGAUGCUUCCAGUCGGUGUCCCUCCCUCUUUGGGCACCAGAAAAUGGAGCUUUGUUUGGCGGCCAUUAAGAGGAGGCGUCAGUCUUUCCCAACAUGCUCCCUUUGGGGCUCUGGUGCUUCAACGCCCUGCUGGCUGGGACGCCUGAAGGGCACUAGGUUGGGGGAGACUGAGCUGGCCUGGUUUCCCGUGGAUUUUCAAGGGCUCUUGGUUUUCAAGCUUCCACCAGAGGAUCUUCCUCUGCUUCCCUCUCCAGGCUGGGCAUGCUCUUCUGUCUUCGCUCCUGUCAUUUCAUGUGAGAGUCACCUCCCGUUUCAGGGUUCUGAGUCAAGUCGCCAUCCCACCAGGCCUUCACCCACACACUUUUUUUGGAAUAAUCUGCUCCAGCUCAUUUUGUGCCCUGAUGCGUUGGGGUGUGAGCUUUGCCCUGCUUUUUCUCUAAACUGCCUCAAGUCCUUUUCACCAUAACUGGUUUGCUAAAUCAAAAUCUCUCUCUCUCUCUGCCCAGCCACCCCUGUGGAGGACUGGCAAAAUAAUAAAGCUGGCGUGGCAAGAGCUAAGCCUCACGGGAUUGCUGGGCCCUGAUCUGGCCCAAGGACUUAACGUUGCACAGGGAUUUAAAAAGAACAUUUGGGAUCCUGCACUCCUCAUCUUGAGCGCUGUUUGUUUUCAUUGGUACCUGCAUUAUUUUAAAUAAAAAUAAGAAUGCAAAUCCUUA